AUGGAUAUGAGAAAUAUAUAUUUACCGGAAGGUGUAAGACUACCUUGUAAAUUAAAAUGGACUGUGGAUAAUAAUUCAAUGGUUAGCUCUAAUCAGAUUAUAGCUUUUAUAAUUGAAGAGAAUGAAGAAGUAAUUGCAGGUGAGGAGAAGAAUCAAGAGGUACAACCUUCUAUUAAGGAAGAACACAUUGAAAAGGAAAACUAUAAUACUAAAAACAAUGUUGAUAAUAAUAUUAUUGAGAAUAAAGAAGGGAAUGACAUAGUACUUAAACAAGAUAAUUACAAUGAUAUAAAUAAUAAUCAAAUAUGUUUAAAUAAUGAACAUAUUGUAAAGGAUAUAAAUUCAACAUGUUCUAAUAAAAAUAUAAAUAAUUUACAUGACUCUAAUAAAACCGAGGAAAGUAAUUCUUUACCACCUAAUAAUAAUAUUAAUCAUAAUGAGAAUAAGAAUAACUGUGUAAAAGAUGAAAAUAUAAAUGAAAAUUCUGAUAAUAGCAAAAGUGUCAUUAAUGAUAAUGUUAUAAAUAGUGAGCUUAAAAAUAAUGAGUUGAAUAAAAAAGAUGAUACAAAUGUAAUUAGUUUGGAUUCAAAAUAUAAUGAAAAGAAAAAUGUAAUAAAUUUUAUUUUAAAUAAUAGAAAAAAUUGUGAAAUAAAAAAUAAUAAUAUUUUUUUAAGAAGUAAUAAUAAUGGGAAAAUAAAUAUUUUAAAAAAUCAUCAAAAUGAAGAAUAUAUAUAUAUUAAUAAUGCAAAUGAAUUAUUAUGUGAAAUUCUUGAUGUCAAAUGUAAUCAUGAAAUUAUAUUCUCAGGGAUUUGUACUAACUGUCUUUUAAAUCAAGAAGAAAUUAAUAAAAGUGAAGAACAAAAAUAUUUUGUUACUCCAAGUUUCUUACCAGGUCAAAAUGAAUUAUAUAUAAAUACUGAUAAAGCAAUUGAUUUAGAAAAAGAAAGAAUGAGAACAAUUAUAGAUAAAAAAAAACUUUGCUUAGUUCUAGAUUUAGAUAAUACACUUUUACAUGCAUCAUUUUCCUUAUUAUCUGUUAAUGUGAAUAAUGAUAUAAUAAAUAUAACUACUGAUAUUAAUGGUAGUUUAGAAAAUGAAAUAAAUUAUAUAGAAGAAUUAAAUACACAAGUAUCUAAUACGAACAAUUCGGAUGAUAUAAAAUCGAACACCAAAAAUAAAAAAGCUUCUCCAAUUGUAUGCAAAUUGAAUAAUGAAAAAAUUUUCUCUAUGAAUAAUAAAAAUAAAAAUGAACAAACGCAAACGCAAAAUUAUAUGGAUAGAAGUGAUAUGCAAAUACAGACAAAGGAAAUGCAAAAUAAACAUAUAAAUGUGAACAAUAAUAAUAAUAUGGACAAUAAUAAUAUUAAUAAUAAUAUUAAUAAUAAUCUUAAUAAUAAUAAUAAUAAUAAUAAUGGUGGUAUGGAAGAUGGUACUCUCAUCAAGGAAGACUUAAUAUAUCCCCACUAUUGUAAAAAUAAAAACUCCAUCGAAAUAUACCCCAAAAUAGAAGAUAUAAAAGCGUCGUAUCAAAAUUAUUGUGAAUUUUUAGAAAAGGUAAAUACCAUAAAUUUAUUAAAACAUAAAGGGAAAUAUAUACACUAUGAAGAUUUUAAUGAUAACCAGAUAAAAAGGAAAAUAGAGAAAUUAGAAUCUAGUGUUCUAAAAACAAAUGUAAAAUAUCAAAAAGGUGAUUAUAUUAUUUACUAUAAACUAAGACCAGGAGUUAUUGAAUUUUUAAGAACAAUGAGUGAAAAAUAUGAAAUAUAUUUAUAUACUAUGGGUACAUUAGAACAUGCAAAAUCAUGUUUAUUUUUAUUAGAUCCUCUUAGGAAAUUUUUUGGAAAUAGAGUAUUUUCUAGAAAGGAUUGUUUAAAUAGUUUGAAACAUUUAAAUAAAAUAUUACCAACAUAUCGUAGUGUAUCUAUAUGUAUAGACGAUAGUGAUUAUAUAUGGAAAGAAAAUAGUUCUUGUAUCAAAGUACAUGGAUAUAAUUAUUUUCCUGAUAUUAACUUUUUUGAAGAUAUUAAAAGAGCUCCAUAUUUCUUAACUAAAUUUUUUACUUUUGCUCAGUCAUAUUUAAAUUUCACAUCAAAUAUAUAUCGUUUUAUAAAUUUUAAAUGUAGUGAACAUGAAGAAUUUUUAAAAUUUCGUAAAAAUAAUAUCAUGUUAUAUAAUAUGAAUAAUCAGGUCCAUUUCUCCAAUAUGAAUACACAUAACAGUAAUAAUUAUGACGUACAAAUAAAGGAAGAUUUAUAUUGUAUUACUGAAAAUAAUCAAGCGCAGAAUAAUGAAUUAUCACAAAAUAUGAAUGGAAAUACAUAUAUUGAACCAUUACAAAUGAGAAAUAAAAAUGAUCAAGAAACAUUAUUAGAUGGGAACAAUUCGAUAAAUAUUAAUAAUGAAAUGGAAGAAAUGAAUGAUAACAAUUUUAUAGACUUGGAUAAAGAAUUUGAAACGGAUAAUGAGAGUGAUCUAAAUUUGGAGGACGACGAGUUAGAUGAUAUAUUUGAUAUAUAUAAUAAUGUUAACAAUAAUAAUAAUAAUAAUAAUAAUAAUAUUAAUAGUUAUAACAAUACAUACCUUUUAGAUACAAGAAAUGAUUUGAUAGAAUUAUAUGAUGAGUCAUAUAAUUAUGACAAACAAAAUAUUUUAGAAGAUAAUAACAGUAAUUAUUUAAAUAAACAAAAUGAUAUAUAUGAUAAUAAAGAUAAAACAUUAAAUAAAGAAAUAAAAUCAUUACAAUCAUUAUCAUAUAAUGAAGAUAAUAUACUUUAUGAUGAAAAUAUCAUUCUUCAAACAGUACAAAAAGGAAUAAUUGAAAAUAAUAAUGUUAAUUUUAUGUAUGAAGAAAAUAAAAUAUCUCUUGAAAAGGAAAAAGAAACAAAUGAAAAUGUAUUAAAAAAUAAUACCAAUUUAUUAGAUGUAAAUAAAUCUAUUAAUAAAAAAAAAAAAAAAAAAAAAUGUAAAAAAAAUAAUGAAAUAAAAAAUGGUGAAAUAAAUACACCAUUCUUACGAAAUGAUACAAAAAAUUAUGUGCAACCACCAAAUUCUUUGUUAAAAUCGGUUCAUAGAAAUAUAUCAUAUGAAGAUGAAAUUAUUUUAAAAUUUAUAUCUGAGGAAAAUUUCAGAAAAUACGAAAAGUAUGUUUUAGAUUUUUUAUGUAAUUAUUUUGAAAAAAACGAAAACGAUACAAUGAAAAGUCAAACGUCUUCUCAAAUGUCUGAAGAGGAAUAUAUAGAGAGUUCAAAAUGUGACAUAACAAAUGAUGAUAUUCCAAGUGAAGAGAAUACAUCUGAUGAAGAUGAUUUUGAAGGAGAAUUUGUAAAUCUAAAAGAUCAAGAGGAUGAAAUACAUAUGUUUUUAGAUGAUGAUUUUGAGGGGGAAUUUGUAAAUUUGAAAGAUGAAAAUGAUGAAGAAUAUACAUAUAUGGAUGAUUAUAUGGAUGGAAAAUAUUCAAAUGUAAAAGAUGAAAAAAAUAAAAAAUGUUAUGAAAAAAAUAAAAAGAAUAAAAAUAAUUAUAAAAAAAAUUCUGAGAAAAAUGAUGAUCCCCGUAAUGAAUUAAAAAAAUAUAAAAUGAAAGUUAAAAAAAAAAUUAUAAAAAAAACUAAUAAAAAUUCAAAUGUGAAAAUAUCUAAAUCUUCAAAACAUAUUAACCAAAUGAAUAAUACUUCAACAAAUAAUAAUGAAAUAAAACAAAACAAUGAAUAUUAUGAAUCUUUCUUUAUUCCAAAAAAUUUAACAGAAUUCAAUUUUAAAGAUAAUGAUAAACAAUUAUAUUAUUUAAUGUCAUUAUUAAAUGAAAUUCAUGAUAUUUUUUACAAAAUGUUAGAACAAUUUAAACGAAAAGAAACAAAUGAACAAAAUAGAGAUGAUCAAAUAUAUAACUAUUUUUUAAGAUAUCCUGUUGUUCGCACUAUAUUGAAUCAAUACCGAAAACAAGUUUUAAAGGGUUUCACGUUCAAUAUAGGCUUAUUAUCAGAUGAUAUUAAACGAAGCGAUUUUAUGGAUAACAUUCUAAAAUUCGGUGGACUUAUUAACAACCAAGAUUACAAUCAUUUAUUAACUGUUAAUGCUUUUAUAGAAAAUGAAAAUAUUAAAAAUGUGCGCACAUCUAAUUUGAUGUGGCUCGAAAGAGCCCUUUAUACUUGGAAAAGUAGCAAUCCAAAGUAUUAUGACAUGAAAACCUGGGAAAAAUUGCAUCGAAAUUUUUGGGAUGUCAUUGAAUAUGAAGAAAAUAAAAAAUAA